CAGCUUUUCACUGCGAUGGUUUAUUGUUAUGCACCACCAGGGAUGAACUCGUGGUUUAGAAUACUUGUUUAGGUGAAACCAUGUGGAUCAAACACAGCAAAGGCAGCAAAAGGGUUAAAGAGAGAAAGCCUAUGUAUGCUUUAGGAUACGAGAACAACCAGUCUUGCCGCAGCUACAAAAUCUUGAUGUUUUGGAAUUGUGACGAAUUAUACGACGGCCAAGUCGAUGGAUUUAAAGUCUAUGAUUUUAACUCUAAUGCGUGGAGAGUUGUUAAUUAUCUCAACUGCUUCAUAAUGAAUUCUCAUGGCGUGAAGUUGAAAGGAAAUGGUUACUGGAAUGCUUAUGAUGACAACUACGUCGACUACAUACUCAGUUUUGAUUUUACAAGAGAGAGAUUUAUACGUUUGUGUUUACCUCCCCCAUCUCAGGGCUGCAUGUAUACGUCUCUAUCAGUUGUUAGAGAAGAACUCUCAGUGUUACGUUGUGUGAAAGGUUCAUCAAAGAUUGAGAUGUGGGUGACGACCAAUAAAAUGGAUACUUCUGCUUCAGAAUUGUCAUGGAGCAAAUCCUUUACAAUGAACUUUGGUUUUCCUGUCUUAGUUUACACGGGUCUUUUAAUCGACGAAGAUAAGAAAGUGGUCUUGUGUAAUACAAUUGUGGGGGACCACUUGAGGGGGGCAUGUACUAUUGGAGAGGAAGAUAAAUAUUACUCAGAAAUCGCUUUUGAAGGAAUGUCUUUAUCACCACCUCCUCAUAUUUUCAAUUAUGUUCCAAGUUUGGUUCGAAUCCAGGAAGGUACUGAAUUAGAUGUUUUUGGUAAAAGUCCUCGUAGGAGAGGGGAUGAUCCUCCUACAAGAUGAGGUGAUACUGCAAUGUGUGAUCAUGACUUCCAGUUUUCACAAGAAAUUGAUGACAUGAUAUCCUAAUCAGAUGAAUGGAGAUAGAGUGCACUGAUUUUAGCAGUCGUCUUAGAAGCCGCGGUCGUGGGUGGAAGACGCAGUGUGUUAUCUUGUGACAAAAGUGAUCUCUCCUGAUAUUUAUAAUUUAUUCACCCGUUGAACCCCUCUCUUUGUCUCAUUAUAUCUUUGUAUAAUCAUCGCAGUUUCUGCGAACCUUGAAAUUUCAUUAUCACCUUGAACAAUAUCUCAGUUCUCAAAAAGGAACUCUUUGGCACUCUAUCUUCUUGUAUCUUGUGAACUUUUUUAGCUUUGGCAUUAAUUUUAAAGAUUUUAUUAAUUUCAGUUAGAACGUGUUUGUUUUCCACUUUGAGUGUUGAUCGUAUAGAUGAAGUUGUUCAGGUAAAAUAUUUCCAUACCAAUAAUAUCAUCUCACUGAUUCCAAAAAUAUAUGAUAUAGCGGAUUCCUCCAACUAGCAGAGCGGCGAAUUGAAUCCUGAAAAUCUGGAGAAAGACUUGAAUAUAAUACUGCAAGUAAGUCCUUCCUUCACGAUAUCCUCACUUUCGUGAUAAUUUCAAAACCAAGAGCACACCAUAAAUCUACUGAAAAGGGUCAAGGCAAUAAAAUGUCCCCCCUCCCCCUUUCCCUUGAUAUUACUUGUAUACAAUGACAUGACAUGACUCCCCUUUGACUCUUUUUGUUUAUGUUUAUUUAGGCUUUUAAAUCUGAACUUUGUUCCUCCUUCUAUUGAAUUUAGCGAUGAACUUAGCCUAAAUAAUUCU